CUCAGCUGGGAACGCCUAGCCAUCCGCAUUGAGUAGUUGCGUAGCCCGGAAAAUGCAACACCGGGUCCAAUUUACUUUCAGCCUUGCCGUCAUUCUCACAGCAAACUCGAUUUUCGUAUUUAUCAACGUCAGCUUUAACAAUACGGAAAAUAAAAUAAAAAAGUUUAAUUACCAUUUCGGUCGACACAAUUGACUGUGAAAUAAAUUUUUCCGUGCAAAAUUUGUUGUGUGUCGUAGGUACGAGAGAGAAAUUUAUAUGAGUUCGGUUCGGAGUGAAUUACAAAAAUCUCAAUUUUCAUAAUUAUAUUGGCAGAAAUAACCGAGAUCUGCAUUUGCCUCAGUAUCUGCGUUAAAGCGUUUUUCGGUUUGUCUUUGUGAAGCGACAGAGGCACAAACAUAUUAGUACAUAGUUGAAAUAAAUAAGGUGUUGUGAAAAGUUUGCUGUAGUGUGCCAGAAACUAGCUUGAAAUAAAAAGAGGUGAAGUGCCCCAAAGGCGUCGGGAAAAUCGCAAGUCACAAAUGCGACAGAUUCAGUGACAACGCCAAAAUUUUACGCCAAGGGCGCAAGCACCAAAAAAACUAACAUCAGGUAGAACAACAGUCACAAGCAAAAGUCCCUGAAAAGCCAUCACAAACAACACCAAAGUUAAAAGAAAAAUCCGGCAUCAAAUAAAACCGGAAGAUAAGCCAUCUACAAAAAAAUGGAAAGGAAAUCGCAUAAAACGGCACGCAAUAGCAACAUUAUAGUAGCCGGUGGAGGACUCGGCCUUAAAACCGGCAGUGCAGUUGCACCCGCCACGACGCUUGCCAUACCCACCCUCGCAACUGGACAGAAGCAAUACACGACAGGCGGUAGCGCUAUAGCCGCAACUGGCGAAGCUGUCGAUAACGCCGGUGGUGGUUCUGUCAGCAGUGGCAGUAAACAUCGUAGCAGUAACACAAGCCAUCACAAUCAUAGUCGUCACGCACACAAUACUAGUCACCAUCAACAUCAUCAGCACACACAUAGCAGUCAGGCGCAGCAAACGCAAGUGCAGCAUACAAUACAUGCCACGAACCCAGCGCUGAUGUUAGCGGUCGGCAAAGCUGCCAACGAAGCCAGCAAAAAUACGAAAGUUGUAGGCACACAAAUCUCCAACGCCAUGGAACAAGUAGCAGCAGCGCUAACAACAGUCAGUCCCAAGUUGGCAACGACGACGGCGAUGCGCAACAAAAACGAAGAGGCUAUCAAUGACUUACGUCAACGCAUUCCUGAAAUCGAAAAUAUUUUCGAUGUACACAGCCGGAUCGGCAAUGGCACCUUUAGCACGGUGCUGCUGGGCACUUUGAAGAAGGAGCGCGAUUUGCCCGAACAUGUGCGACGUAAAUUCGCUAUUAAACAUCACAUACCCACCAGUCAUCCCGAUAGAAUAAUGAAGGAGUUGCAGUGUAUGGCAAAAAUCGGCGGCUCAGACAAUGUAGUCGGCAUUAAUUGUUGCAUACGCUACAACGAAUCGGUUGCUUUCAUUAUGCCAUACAUGCAACACGAUCGCUUUCACGACUUCUUCAACAAAAUGAAACUGUUCGAAUUGCAGCACUACAUGCGCAAUCUACUUAUCGCCUUGCGACACGUACACAAAUUCAAUGUCAUUCAUCGCGAUGUGAAGCCCAGCAACUUUCUGUAUAAUCGCCGCAAACGCCAAUUCCUGCUGGUAGACUUCGGUUUGGCGCAACAGGUGCUUACACCCCUCCAGACCAGUGCACUGGAAACUGGUUGCGAGCAGCCGCUCUCAUUGACGCUGGGCUCGGAGGGCAAAAGGCCACGCGAUGGUGACGAGUCGCCCACCAACAAGAAAGCCGAUUCCAAUAGUGGUGUGACGGCCAGCGAUGCGUAUAACGGUUCAAAACGUCCACGUUGCACCGGUCCGCAUGGCGAUCAGGAAUUUGCUGCAAAUGCGACGCCCAAUGCGCGCGUUGCCAAUAGUUGCAUUGUGGGCGGUUCGCCAUUCAAAAUGCCACUCAAGCAAUUGAACGAGAUCUCUGCGGCUGGGGGCAAUAAAAGUAGCACCUUGAACAUGGCAGCUAGUACGAUGGUGGCAGGCACCAACAACAAUGCCAAUCACACUAACUACGCCGGCGACAAUGGCAUCUGUGAUACGCCGCUGGGACGGCCGGUCAAGUCCGCUAUCAUCGGCGGCUGUGCAAACAGCCGAAUGCAGCAGAAGUUGCGGCAAAGUGGCAGCGUCGUGCGCACUCCAAACAGCCUCGCGCAAGAAACAGCUAACGGCUCGAACGCCGCAAUACAGUGCACAGAGAGCAACAUGACCAGCAAGUACAACACCAAUCGCAAUCUCAGUGCCACCAACGGCCCGAAGUGCGUAUGCUAUGGGAAUCCGCAGGUCUGCAACAUAUGUCUCGUCAAAAAAGAGAUGCAUGCAUCCCGUGCCGGCACACCGGGCUAUAGGCCGCCUGAAGUGCUGCUGAAGUAUGCCGAUCAAACCACUGCGGUGGACAUUUGGGCUGCGGGCGUAAUAUUUCUCUCAAUACUGUCGUCGGUAUAUCCAUUCUUCAAAGCACCCAACGAUUUUGUGGCGCUUGCUGAAAUGGUUACGAUAUUCGGGGAUAAGACCAUACGAAAAACAGCAUUUAUACUUGACCGCUUGGUGACGCUGAGCCAAAAAACCAGACCACUGGAUCUGCGCAAGCUGUGUGUACGCUUUCGCAAUCGCGUCAAAUUUAGCUCACCUGAGCUGCUGAAGAAGUAUCAGCGGCCGGAUGGCACCUGUGAGGUGUGUCGCAACUGUGAUCAAUUCUACUUCAACUGCUUGUGCUCGGAAACUACAUAUAACACCGAGCCACUGGACGAUGAUGAUCCCUUCCCCUCGAGCGCUUACGAUCUGCUGUAUAAACUACUUGAAGUGAAUCCCCAUCAACGCAUAACUGCCGAGGAAGCGCUCAAACAUCCCUUCUUCAGUGAGACGGGCACCACUAGUAGCGACAAGUGUACAGGUAUCUCCAACAACAACAACAAUAUAAACCCCUCCGUCAUCGCCUUGGAGGCCGCGCAAAAAAAGGGUUCGCGCGAUAAAGUCGACCCUUGAAGUUUGCGAAAGCGUCGUGGCAAACGUAAAAGAAAAGGAAGAGAGAAACCAAAAGAAACUGAAAGUUAGUGAGCAUAGUCGGUAAAACUGUUUGCUAAAUUUGAAGAGUGCAAAAUGUUCAGAUGUGCGCACCUCGGUCAAUCAUAAACGAUGUAUACCAGUCACCGAUGUGUCAGCGCACCAACGCCUCCUAACUUAAUGGCUCCGACAACGCUACGCAGAUACCGGAUCCCAAAUCGCCUUGUUAAACUAUACGACGAUCAUUUAGUGUAUUUAUUAUUAGUAAUUGGUAGCAACCGUUUUGGGUCAUUAAAAAAUUUUACAAAUACGUUUGAAAAAAUUGUGGAUCAUAGCAUAGUAGUGUUUUUAUAUACAUAAAUAGUAUAAUAGUAUAGAAAUAUAUUUUUUAAAAUCAUGCAAACACGCGACGAUUACAUGAUUAUUAAGAAGGGCAACUAAACACUUUGGAAUGGCAUGGUGCGCCAGAAAAACUACCCAGUUAUAUUGUAAAUGACACGCUUUAUUUAGUAAUUAUGCUUUCGUUUGUUUUUGUUGAAAAUUGCGCUUAUAAUCCUUAGUUACUCAUAAUUUAUUGCGUAUUAUUGAAGAAAAUAAAACGGUAAACGUUGAAAAGUUUCAGUUUUUUUCUAGGUUUUAUUACAGUUUACUGUCAAUACUAUUAUUAAAUAUUAAUGAUUAGAAAUGUUGUGUGUAUGUUAUUUCAUAUAUGUUGUGUGACUUAGAAUUGAUAAAAGUUUAGCGUACUAAUUACAAAUUAUUUUAACACAAAUCUGCUGUAUUGCCAAAAUACAAAACUCUUGUUUCAUAGUUAUUUAUGUAUAUAUAUUUGUUGUAUUUAUUUUAUUAGAAAUUUUUGUUUUGCUAGUUCGAGUAAGUAGACGUAAUAAAUUUUUGAAAACAUUA